AUUUGAUCUAAUUUCUUAAAGUUAUGUUAAUAGAUUACUGAUGGAAUACAGGGUGUGUUAUUAAAAAUAUCUUUAGCAUUCAUUGAAUAAAUUGAGAUUUUUAUUUUUCUUUAUUAUCAUUGGAAAUGUCUUGUGCAUGUUUGGAUAUGGAAAUACGAAAACUGAAACCAAGUGAAAUGUAUAGGUUAGGAAUUAUAUUAAAUAUAUCUGAUAAUUGGAAAAAGCUAAUGGCUAAUGUGCCAAAGCAAGAAAACGUUCCUAAAUUCAGCAGUGAGCAUAUCGAGAUGAUUGAACAAGCUGCGCACAAACAUAAUCGUAAUGCAGCAGAAAUAUUUUUAGAUGAGUGGAGUACUAUGGGAAGGAAAAGGCCAACAUUAAGAUUAUUAUUGGACCUUCUUAUAAAAGCUGAAUUAUUCAGAGCUGCUGACUAUGUAGCAUGUGAUAUAUUAAAAUUGGAAAGACCAAAGAGGCCAGAAUAUGGUCCAAUUGCUUCCAUUGAUACAAGUGACGCAACUAUAAAUAAGAUAUUAGAGGAACAAACAUUUCCAAAAGAUACAUUUGAUGAUUCACUAGCAUUAGAAUCCUCAUUAAAACUAGAGGUUAAUAAAAUGUAUCUUGAUGACAAGACAUUUGAUAACUUAAAAGAAACCACCAAUAGAAAUUCAUCAGAAAUAACUGAGAGAGAUGAUACUUUGAAUAGUAAAAAAUCUAUGAAUGCUGUUAGUGAAAUUGUGUCAGAUUUAAUGAAAUUCAAUAUGACAGAUUCUUGCAAAGCAAUAAAGCACGAGCAUGAAGCACGUACCCUAGUUUCAGUAGCUGAAGAACAAUUGCCUAUUCCUAUAAUUAUUGGUGGACCGAUAGGAGAUCUAUCAAAUACAAAAGAAAAUUGCCAAGAAGUAACAUCUCAAGAAUUACCAGUGUUUCUUAACAACUCUAUGCAAUCUACAGUGCCUAAUGUAGAAAUGUUUUCUGAGCAUUCGCCAGUGUCUUUUAAUAAUCCUGUGCAACCAACAGUAUCUAAUGAGGAAGUAUCUUCUGAAUAUUUACCAGUGUUUCUUAACAAUUCUAUACAAUCUACUACACUUUCCAAUGAACAAAUGUCCUCUUCUAAUAUUCCGCUUUGUUUAAAACGUUAAUGUAUGAUUUUAUAUUUAUCUAUCUUAUUAAUAAUUUAUGACACACUAAUAUGUAGAUUAAUACCUAAAUAAAAUUUAUAAAC